UGCGUCUUAGUGCGCAUGCGCAUUUCGGCUGCGUACACCUAUUGCGUAUUUUUGGAGCUGCUGAACCUGAACCGGUGUAGGUGUGAAUCCUGCCAUGUGAACCGUUCCGUACAAUGUGCGUGGUCGCGCCUGAAUUCGGUGUGUAACUUGAGGUUGACCAAAAGACCACUGAAGACGGAGGAUCAAAUGGAUAACUCAGGAGUGUCCUGUGUCAGUCUGCAGCAGACCAAGACUCUAAUGAAGAUGGGCCUGUGUAUGGUGUUGGUGGGUCAUGUGAAUUUCCUGUUGGCGGCUCUGGUCCAUGGUACAGUGUUGAGACAUAUCAGCCUCAACACCCAGACACUGGAGUACGCCAUCUCCAACAUUUUGGCUCUAGCAGCUGGUCUUGUGGGAGUCUUGAUCGGAGUGCUCACUAUAGUCCUUUCUAGAAAUGAGAACAGAGUCCUGAUGUGGGGUGUGUGCAUGCUGAGUGCAGUAGGGGGCACGCUGGCUGCUGCUUCAGUCGUCGGCCUGCUGGUCGCUUUGGUUUGGACGUUAAUUAACGGCACCAAAGGCCUUCUGCUCCACUGCAACUUACCUGAUGACAUGAGCUACUUCAGCAUCACUUUUGAGUGUCCGUUUGACCCCACACGCAUUUAUGGAACCACUCUGGUCCUGUGGGUGCCGCUGAUUGUGAUGAGCGUGGUGGAGAUGGUGAUCUCGGGCCGCUGCUGUGCCGCGGCCGUCUCUUUCAUCCGACGCGAAACAAGCAUGCACUGCGAGACUGGAUCGGUGAAGACCCUCCAAGCAGCUGUGCCCCCAGUGCUCCCCUGCCGUGUCCCACCACCCUGCCGUUACCAUAGAGACCGUGAGCUGGUGCGUCCCCCAGAACAGCAUGAGCUGCUGCGAGCGUCAUGGCCCUACAGCUCGAGCCGCUCGGCGCAGCUCAGAUCAACGUCGUCUCAGUUCAACCGUGCCUCACUCAACAGGGCCAGCUUCUGGAUCUAAUUAUGCGCUUUUGACCAAACUCUGGUCCGUUUCGUGUGCUGGUUUGGAAGGAAAUGAAACCGGAGUGCAACGUCUGUGCACAAGUGGUGCUUUCCGUACGAGUUCACUGAUAAUACACACGGGGCCAUUUGCAUUGAAAACGCACUACUAAAUUGCUGUACUUGAAGGGAGGUAACUGAAGGAUGGAGAAACUUGCUGCCUGGCAAAUGUGAUUCUGUUCAGUGUGUGUGUGUGUGUGUGUGUGUGUGUGCGCGCACAGUUAAAACUGAACAUUGAAUUAUGGUGUAUAAUUAAAAAAAGUAAUGUUAUGCUCAAUGCCUGCUUUUU